ACGUGUUUAUUAUCAUAAAAUCUGAAUUAUGUCGUCGGUAAACGAAACAGUCAUGGCUUCUCUUUUAUUUAUAGAUUGUUUUGUAUUAUGACAUCCUAGUUAUCCACACAGCAAGCUAAAGUAAUUAGCCAGCUGCUUAGAAAAUAGACUGUUGAAGAACUUGUUUGGUGGGGUAACGCUUUUUUAUUUAUGCCGUGCGUUAUAAUGGUGUUAAAUUGUGCUUCUUUACAUAAUAUACACCCACCGACCAAUACAAUAAAAAUAAAACGUGAAUAAUCAGAUUGUAGAAUUAAACGUCUAGGAAGGGGACAGUCUUGAGGUGAUGGGUAUAAUGUCCACAGAAAACCCUGAUGGCCCCACCCUACGUUUUCAUUUAAAUAUAUAAAACGACAUGCUAGAUUUAACAGAAAACAGCAUACCUCCAGUUGGGGCAUUUCAGAACAUAAACAUAAAGGUCUUCAGAUCCAUAUUGACUCCAUCUAACCCACAGGAGUAACUAAUCUCAUCAUGAGUAGAGUCUACUACAUCCUCAGUGCUGCUCUUUUUGUGUUAGAAAUCCCAGAGACCAAGGCGCUGCUAGAAAACUCCAAUGACUGUUGUAAAAGAAUAAAGAGAAUGAAUGAAACCUGUGUGAAUAUUACACUCUGUGAUCCUGGACUCCUUCAAGUUCAGGAGAACAGUACAACUUUUUGUGUUUCCUGCAAUUCAACAGAGCAGGGGAAUUCAUCUUUACUGAACAAUACAAGGACUAGUCAUAUUCUAGUACCUUUAUUCUCAGUGAUUGGUGGUCCAGGUGUAGCAGCUUCUGUCCUUCUAGGAACUCUUCUGAUCAGCCUGUGUCUCAUCCUCUCGGUUGCAUCUUUCUUUUACCUGAAGCGUUCCAACCGCCUCCCUGGUGUCUUCUACAGCCGCAACAAGGAUUUUAUAUUCCAACCAAGUGAGAGGGCUGUCAUGAUUCCAGAAACUACAUCUUCAGUCCGCAAGCCAAGAUAUGUUAGGAGGGAGAGGCCAUCAUCAGCAUCCAGCAGUGCUACUGUGGUGACGGGAGCAGUAACCAAGGAUCCAAAACAGGACUUCCGGAGUUAGUCAUGUUUGCACACUACCAGCUCCUCCCACUUCAAGUAAAAAAAAGAAGACAUUCGCAUAUUUACUAUUCAGUUGAAAUCUUUGUUUUUUACCUGUAUACACAAAUAUAUUUUCUAUGAAUCCUGGACCAUCUCCACAAAUUCCAUUAGCACAUAUUAAUGCCGUAUAAAAUACCCUAGUAUUGAAAGAACUCCCACCCUAAGUUCUUAUUUAUAAAAUGACAUAGAAUUAACAGAAAACAGCACACCUCCAGUUGGGGCAUUUUAGAACAUAAACAUAAAGGUCUUCAGAUCCAUAUUGACUCCAUUUAACCCACAGGAGUAACUAAUCUCAUCAUGAGUAGAGUCUACUACAUCCUCAGUGCUGCUCUUUUUGUGUUAGAAAUCCCAGAGACCAAGGUAUCUCUUGUCUUUUCUCUUCAGGAAUCUUUGGAAUAAUUUCACACAACUCUCAGUAUGUGAGAGCCAUAACUAUUGUGAAUACAUUGGUUGCUGUAAAUCCAUGCUCUAAAACUCCAUUUAAGAUAAAUAAUGAUAAAUUAAUAUUUGCUAGGCCUUAAAGUUGUGAACUUGCUAUAAAUACACUAUAUACAAGCAAGGAAUUGUUGCCAAACACAGAACUAUUUAUCCCAUCUUUCCAUUGUACAAGACAAAGUGCCAUUAAGUGAUCGUGUUAAUGAAUGAAGACCUACAGUCAACAUUUUUGAUUUUGGAAAUUUUACACAAAAUUAGAAUGUCAAAUUCUGAAAGAACUUUAUUAAAUUUAUCUUGAUUCUUGGUUGGACAAAACAAAAUGCUUGAUAUCACUGUAGUGUUAUAAAAGGAGUAAUACACUGGUAUUUCUAUAUAAGGAGACGGGAGAAGUCCGUUACCUUUGUUUUACUUUAUUUUGUAGAUGUUUUUGCAAAUAGCGGCCUUUAAAAUGCCAUAUCAUCCCCCAUGCCUAUAUAUAUUUUGAUGAUUUUCAGUGUAGUUUUUAGGUUUUCUCAUUUGUAAUAAUGGUUCUGUUUAUUUAAAGUAUUAUUAUGGUUUUUCUACACCUUUUCUAUUUCAUUUUGGGAAGAGUAUUUAUUUGAACAUUUUUAUUGUAAAGUUUAAAAUCUUUAGUAUGCUGGAUUAACGGAAAGCAAGGAUUGUUUACUUUAGGUGGAGGUAAAUGAUGUGGUUUCAUGGGGAUACAUCUGUGAUACUGGUUUAAAUUCAACUUCUUUCUCAUGUCAUUUUAUUGGCUGUUGUGCAGCAACUGGAAAGCAUGUCAAUAUAUUUUGUAUAUGAAUUACAUUUCGAUGGGUGUUGAUUAUGAAUUUUUUUUUGUAUGUUGAUGUCCUGACUGAGUAUUAAUCACAUAUUGAAUUAUAUUUGAUGAAGAUUUCAGUGUUUACAGAAAUAAAAAAUAUUUUGAUUUAUGAGA